GGCGGGGCGAUCCUUCCCUGGUGUUUUUGUUUCUUAUGUUUUUCACUACACCUCAAGCUCCUCAGACUGACACUUCUUUUUUUCGUUAAUUCCACUUGAAAUUCGUAGACGAAAAGAACAAUAGACCCAUGCCGUCGACGGCACUGAAAGCGGCUGGCGUCGCGUCGGCGAUUGCUCUCGUCAUCGCCCUGAUGCUGCGCUCGACGCCACUCGUGCUGGACCAGCGCCUCGCCGCCGUGCUGGAAGGUCUGGAACGUGUCGAGCGGCGUCACGGUGUUGGUGCCGGUACGCGAGUUGCCGUCGGAUACGGCGCCUGCAACGACUUGUUCGCGGACGCCGCUGCUCUAUUCGCAGACUCCUCGGCCAAGCCGACAUACUCGCCGAGACUUCUGGAGCGACAACAAGUUGUUGACACCUUUGCCUAUUUCUUCAGACACGGCGCCGCUGCAGAGAGAUACAUAGAAAAUGCGAGUCUGUUUGACGAAUUGGUGGAGAGCGCUGCUCGGUUGGCAGGAUCCCAUUUUGCCCUUGGAGGGAAUGCCCCUGUUAUGGCUUCGAGAUUUGUCCUCGAGGGCUGCAAUGUUAUGCUAGCAGCAAAAAUGUCUCACCAGUUGCAGGAGCACCUUCCUCCCGACCUCAAAGUGGUUGGUGGUGACGUUACACAAGAUGAUAUUCAUCUCAUCCUCGAGUACAAAGCUGGACAAGCCUGGGGAAAGUUUACUGCACCCAGGGCCAAUAGAUUCAUCAUACACAAUGACGAAAAUAAUCCGCUCGUGAAAUCUCUAGAGCCGUUUGGCGAAAAAUUGACUUCCUUCUCACCGCAUUUGUUGGUGGUUAGUGGCUUGCAGAUGAUGGACAACUAUCCUUAUGCCCCAGGACAACGGGAGGAGCGACUGCAAAGUAUUAGAGAGCAAAUUCUUUCUGUUGGGCCGGAGACAAAGGUACAUUUUGAAAUGGCCUCAUUUGCUGAGUUGGAAUUGCUGAAGAAAUUAAUAGAAUACAUUGUGCCGUAUGCAGACUCCCUUGGAAUGAACGAACAAGAACUGCCAAAUUUGAUCUCAAUGAUGCAGUUUGGCAAUGUGAGUGUUGUGUCGGACUCAAAUCCUCGAGUAGCCUCAGCGCUGGACCAGAUGCGCCAGCUGUUUAGGAUGCUGCGAGAUGCAGCAGAGAGCGUUAACGCGAGAGGUGUCAGCCGCCUCCAUGUCCACACCCUGGCAUAUCAAGCUAUUCUUACUUCAAAGGACUCGACAGUAAAGUGGAGUAACUCUGGUGGUGCCGCAGCCAAGGCGUCCUUGACUGCACAUCGACAUGUUUGUGCCUCGACUGACGUGGACCCGUCUAGAGCGCGCCUCCUUCUCGACGACAGCUUUGCCGCCUCCCGUCUCCAGAACAGCCGCCGUGUUGGCGUCGACUCGUCAGAGCCUGUGGCCUGCUGGGAAGAAAAGCUACCAGAGGAAGUGACCAUUUGUGUGGCUCCCGUGCUGGUCUGCACAAGGGCAUACCAAACAGCUGGAGCUGGAGACAACAUCUCGGCUGCUGGCCUGGUUUUGCAGAUCUGAAUUUCCAUUCCAUUGAGAUAUAUUUUGCUGCAACUUUGAAAUUCCUCCAAAAUAAUUUGUUCCUCGUUAAUUUUAAAACUCCUGCACCAAAAAUUUCUGCGUUAAAAAAAAAAUUGGUUUUCAAAAAGGCAGCACUCCUCAUUGUCAGAAGUCAUAGAAAACUGAAGUCAUUGUUGGUUUUACUUAACAUUCCUUAAACGGGAUCAGUUUGAUCUUGGGCCAUAAAUUUUAUGUAAUGGAAUAGAUAAUUAGGGCGAUCCAAAGGCUAAUUUAACCUGCCAUUCAAUUUGGCUGGUUGUUUCAUUUGUCCCGGGCCAGAUUUGCUUUUGCAUCGCCCUUAAUAUUAUUAAUUGACUGACCCCCAUUUAAAUAUUAUGGAAACUUCUUAAUUACUUUUAAAUAUUAAGACUAUUUUUUACUGAAAUUCGAAUGAUGUUGGCCCAUUUAUUGCAGUUAAAUUAAAAGCAUUCCCUUUGAGCAAGCUUUUGUUCUAAUUGAAAGGUGCAAGUUACCUUUUGUUAUAAUUUGUCCCCACAUGAUGUGAGGUUUGAACGCUGGAUAUUAAAAUAUUCCAACUGUCUGUGAUAAAAAAUAAAUCACUUGACACCAACUGAUUUUGAAACUUUUGUAACUGGCGUGUCUUCAGUAGAAAUGUCGGUAGUGUUUUUUUUUUCUUCGAAGAUGAACCACUAAGAACUAAAAUAAAAAUUGAACUGUUGGAAAAUU